CAGAUGAACAAAGCGUUAAUGUACAAACACAAAAACGCAUCAGAAUGCUGAUGGAUCACAUAUACGAUAAUUUUACGGCCCUGGUACGAUAACUGCCUGGCUUCAGGUUGUCAACACCCGCCCGCCAACUUAAGUCUUAAGGUUCCCCGUCAUCGCUUGCAUUCGCAUUUCGCGCGUUCAGUAAACCUUGUUCAGUAUUUUGCCCUUAACAUUGUCAGUUUUGGUCGUAGAACAAACAUUUUUGCACUUUAUGUUUUAGUUUCUUAAGGACUAUAAAACUGCAUUUAUAACAUAAAACCAUUACGGGUCCCCAUUACGCAAAAGCGGUAGUGUAUGUAGAAUACUUUUCGACACCAAUAUGGCUAUAGACCCAUUUUACGAAAUAUUGGCGGCUAGAAAAGUUAUUAAAGAAGCCAAAGAAAUUAAUAAUCCAGAAUUAGAUCUGGCUCAUAGAGGACUUUAUUUCUUGGAAGAUAUACCAGGCUUAUUUAAGUUGAAAAAUAUUACAAGAUUAACUUUAAGUCAUAAUAAGCUCAAAAAUGUAUGUGGGAUUGAUUAUUAUUUGAUUAACUUGGAGAUAUUGGAUGUCACCUACAAUCGGAUUGAUGAAAUACCUAACAAGUUGACUUCUCUACCCAAACUACGAGUUCUCAAUAUAUCCCAUAAUAGCUUAAAUGAAUUGCCUCAACAGUUUGGAGCUUGUACUGUAUUGGAAAUUUUGGAUUGUUCUUAUAAUAAUCUGACACAUACUAGAUUGCCUGGAAAUUUCUUUAAGAUGGAAAGCUUAAGAGAACUUUAUUUGGGAGACAAUGACUUUGAAUAUUUUCCAGCUGAGAUUGGAAACUUGAAAAAUCUGCAGAUUUUAUCCCUGGCACAGAAUGAUCUGAUUGAAGUACCUGGAGAGUUAGGCCAGUUGACAAAAUUGAGGGAGUUACAUUUACAAGGAAAUAUACUUGUUGUGUUGCCACCAGAAAUAGGGUUCUUGGAGCUCGCAAGUAACGAGUCGGUGCUAAGGCUUGAAAGUAACUUUUGGGUUCCUCCCAUUGAAGAUCGGUUGAAACUGGGACCCUCUCAUGUGCUGGACUAUCUUCGUUCCGAGACGUACAGAGAUCUGUACAGUCGACACAUGUCUGCAAAGCCACCUCCGCCGCCUCACACGCUGCCUUCGUUGCCGCUUCCCAAGAGAGCAAAAAAAUCUUCUAAACAAAAUUAAUAAGAUCCACCGUUUUACACCAAAAUAUUUUCACAAGGUUUCUUGACAAACCUAAUUCCUGGAUUAUUUUUACUAAAUACAUAAUUUCAUUAAAUUCGCAUUUAAGUAAUAGACAAUACCUUAACAAACUGUCAAAAACUGACAACUGAGUUAAUGACUUUUAAAAAUUGACAGAAACCAACAUGGCUUUGAUGGUUUGUGUUGUGUUCUAAUUGUGUAUGCUUUAUACUAAUUUAUAUUUAGGGUAAGAUAAAAAAUAUAUUUUUAUUAAUUAAUUAACGAUUUAUGUUAGAAAACAUCUCAUAGAUUGUUGUCUUAAUUAUAGUUUUGUACAAAAUAAAAUAUAUAUUUGUUAUUGUGAUAGUAAUCAAAUUUUAUAAAAACUAUAUCCGAAUUAUAAAACGUGGAUUACAUUUACUGUUUGUUACCAUGGUAAUAUCUUUAAUUAAGGUUAGAUUCGAAGCAGAUUAUAUAGUAUUUAAAUCAACAAUGUGCCAUAAAAUUUGUGCAACAAAAACUGGAGCAUGUUAUCUGUGCAGUGUAAACAAACACUUAUCGCAUUGCCAAAUAACGCAUGAUUGUCUAUGUGGACUAAUUGUUUUCUUUUUUAAUGUAGUUGGGUAAAAAUAAAACAAAAUUUUAAUUAGUUUUUUAAUCAAACUAGGAAAUCAGUCUUAUAAUAAUAUAUUUCACACAUUAUUCAAAGUGCCUUAUUUACAUUUUAUGGUGCUAUUAUAUAAACAUUACCAAAAUUCACUUUUCUUUACUCGAUGAUUGUUUGUAUUUUUUUAAUAUUGUUAAACUUUUGAAAUUAUUAAAAAUAUAUAAAACGAGUUAUCAUCGAGAAAAGCAGAUUCAAAAUUACAGAAGAAUUGAGGAAUUUUGGCUCGUCUUAAUUCAAUUAAAAACAGCAGGAAAUCCUAUCAGAAAUCUUACAAAAUUGGUGUUUAAUUAUUCUUAAAUUAAAUAUACAUACUUACAAAAUGUAUACAUACAAAUUAACAUUAAACAAUAUUACUAAGAAUAA